GUUGCCAAAUUACAAUGUCCUUCUCUUGGGAUUUUUAAGCUACAACUGCAAUUAAUAAUUUUGAGAUUUUAUUGCUGAGAAAGGGCAUUGAUGUAAUUCGGUUGUGCUGGGAAAUUCUUGCCUGACAGUAGAAGCAGAAAGCUCCUAUUGGGCUUUAUGGGGGUCUCCUUAAAAGAAACAAACGCUUCUUAUGCUUUUCGUGAAAUAUAGCAGAAGAAAGAAAAAAAAUCCUUUCAUUUUCUUCGUUUCCCAUCUUUUGAUCAACUUUCUAGUGAGAGAAAGAUAGGGUUUUAGAGAGAGAAAGUAAUUCAGCCAUGUCUCUUGGCUAUGCAGAGAAGCUUUCCUUCAUAGAAGAUGUGGGUAAAGUUGGAAUGACAGAAUUCUUCGACUCAUCCCAUGUUUUGCAGGAAAAAAUUGAACGCCUAGCCAAGAUGAUACAAAAGAGUAAGCAUCUAGUGGUGUUUACAGGUGCUGGAAUAUCAACUUCUUGUGGCAUACCUGAUUUUCGAGGCCCCAAGGGAAUCUGGACACUGCAGCAUCAGGGCAAGCCUUUACCUGAAGCAUCUCUACCAUUUCAUCGAGCAAUGCCAAGCAUAACUCAUAUGGCUUUGGUUGAACUUGAGAAGUCUGGCAUGUUGAAAUUUAUUAUUAGUCAGAAUAUUGAUGGCCUCCAUCUUCGGUCUGGAAUUCCAAGGGAGAAAGUUGCUGAAUUGCAUGGGAACUCUUUCAUGGAAACUUGCCCUUCUUGUGGAGCUGAGUAUUUACGAGAUUUUGAGGUGGAAACUAUUGGAUUGAAGGAGACAUCACGCCGCUGCUCUGAUGUGAAAUGUGGAUCAAAACUAAGGGACACAGUUCUUGACUGGGAGGAUGCAUUGCCCCCAAAUGAGAUGCUUCCAGCUGAAAAGCAUUGCAGGAUGGCUGAUCUUGUGUUAUGUUUAGGGACAAGUUUGCAGAUCACUCCUGCCUGCAACUUGCCCCUGAAAUGUCUCCGUGGUGGGGGGAAGAUUGUGAUUGUGAAUCUUCAGAAAACUCCAAAGGACAAGAAAGCAAGUUUGGUGAUCCAUGGCUUUGUAGAUAAGGUAAUUGCAGGAGUAAUGGAUUGGCUAAGUAUGAAAAUUCCUCCAUAUGUCAGGAUUGAUCUUCUCCAGAUCAUCAUAACUCAAUCCUUGAGUCAAGAUGAAAGAUAUGUGAACUGGACCAUCCGAGUAGCAAGUGCACAUGCAUUGAAAGCACCAUUGCCAUUCAUAAAUUCUAUUGAGGUUUCUUUCUCAGAUGCACAAAAGUACAAAGCAGCAAUUCUAACCGAGCAGCCUUUUAGCUUGAAACGGAGAACUGUGACAACAGAAGAAUUUGAAAUUUUGUUGAAACUCAACUUUAGUGAAGGAUGUGGUUGUUUGUGCACCCAAAUCAGUGUCCCCUUUUGCUUUCAGGUUUCAAAUGACUGUUUUAAUCUUGAUAAGGAAGUUGUAAUACAAAAUCUGAGAGAAAAAGCAAUUCAAGAUUUUUGUUGCGGUCAGAAUGCAAUGGUAGAAAGGAAGGUCAUUUUAGCCCCAAAAACUGAGCUUACAGUCCAUGCCAUUGUUACCAACAUCAAAUCAUUUGAACCUGAUUCUUUGAGCAAUGGUGAUAUGAAAAAGCCAAGAUUAAGUUUCAAUGGUACUGGGACAUCCCGGAAGCGAUCGAAAGGCCGGAAGCGCAAAUCAAGAUUUUAAAAACAAGGGAUUACGUUUUUGACUGUAUAUAGACUCUGGUUAUAACUCAAUUGAAAGUAUAAUAUGUAGUGAUAGUGACUGAGUGAAUUUUGUUAGAUAUUACACUCGGUCUUCUCCAGCUACGAUAGGCAAGUGGCUAAGCUGGUUGGAUUUUCUGCUGUGCUCUCGAAAAAAAAAAAACAAAGACUAUAACUGGUAAAAUUUGUUGAUUUAUCCUAAUUUUAUUACCUUAUGUAAUUUUUCUAUUAA